CCGGCGUUCCUCCAACACUUCAUCGAUUGUUUCCGUUGCAACCAUCCUAACCAACCACAACAAUAACAACCACCCCUCGCCCCAACAAGGCCAUCCCUCCCUUCUCUCCUACUCAUUCACCCCCCCAUCCUCAACUCCACGCCUCUCCCCACGACUAGUCGAGCGAGACGCGAAGCUCUGAAACAAAAGCGCGUAACCUCACCACAGAACACACCACACAACCCCAGCGACAGUAACCCACUUGAGCCGCCCGUUGUCCCAUCAACCACUUCUCCCCCACCACUACCAAAACAACACUUCGCUCCGCUUCCCCCCCGCGCUCCUUCGCAACCACCGCAAGAAUGUCCACCAAGCAGCGUGCCCGCCCGCGCCUCCUCACCGACACGGAGCGCGCCCGCCUCGACGAGUUCACGGACAACAUCCACUACUCAGACCGUUAUUCUGAUAAGAACUAUGAGUAUCGGCACGUGAUGCUUCCGAAGGGCAUGCUCAAGAUGAUCCCCAAGGAUUACUUCGACUCCGAGACGGGAACCCUCAAGAUCUUGCAUGAAGAUGAGUGGAGAGGCUUGGGAAUCACCCAGAGUCUGGGAUGGCAGCACUACGAGAUUCAUGCGCCAGAACCCCACAUUCUUCUGUUCAAGAGGCCCAAGAACUACGGGCAAUAAAUUUCCUUGGGACAUUGAAGUUCUUUCCUACUUUACCGGCGUUCAUUCUUCCUUUUGUUUUUCUUUCGCAAAUACAGGCGCUUUGGAAACAACUCCGUCACCGGGUGGGGUGGGUGGACAACACACCUUGCUGCUGCUGCUAGCACUACUACUACUACUACUACUACUACUACGCACCUGACCCAGGGACAGAAUUCGACGAUACCAAUGAAUUUUUGCUGUGUUUCCGCUCGCAAGUUUCGUCCGGGAUUGGGUUCUGUGGGAUGGGGAGGGGCUUUGGAUUAGUGGACUGUGGUACAUAGCAGUAGGUGUCAUGGAAGAUAAUUGCAAGUGGUUUUCUUUUCGUGUGUGUGCAUGCUCCUACCUACCUACCUACCUACCUACAUGUCUCGUCAGCUGGGUGCAAAGCCGCGCGU